AUGGAAGCCCUAAUUUCUUUCUCUUCCCUCCCAAAAUCCCCUUCAUUUCCCAAUGUUCCAACUACCACUAACCGUCGCAAGAAUCUCUCUCCUCACUCAUCCUUACUAAAAGACUUAUACACAAGAAAACAAUCUCCACCCAAGACAAGAAAACCCCAACAUCAAAACCCACCAACAAAAAAACACUCUUUGCAUGAAAUAAUCUUCAAACCACUCUUACAUUUCAUAUCCACCACCUUCACCGACGCCGACAUCCCUCCCUAUCUCGACCCAAACCAAGUCCUCUCCGGCAACCUCUCCCCCGUCGACGAGCUCCCCCCGACCGCCUGCGCCGUCGUGGAGGGCUCCCUCCCGCCCUGCCUCGCCGGCGCCUACGUCCAAAAUGGCCCUAACCCUCGCUUCACCCCUCAACCGCCUUACAUAUUUCCCGACGGUGACGGAAUGCUCCACUCCCUCAAAAUCUCCCGCCGCGGCGACGCCGUCUUCUGCAGCCGCUUCAUCAAGACAUUCAAGUACACGACGGAGCAAGGUUAUGGAUACCCGAUUUUCCCCAACAUUGUCGCUUAUUUCUGCAGCAACGUCACUCCAUUGAUGAUUCUCACCGCGGCUCGAGUCCUCCUCGGCCAGUUCAACCCUUUCGCUGACGGCCUCGGCACAGCCAACACUAGCUUAUCCCUGAUCGGCGGCGGCCUCCACGCCCUAAUGGAGACCGAUCUCCCCUACCAGGUAAAAAUCACACCGGAGGGAGAAAUCACCACCGUCGGCCGCCACGAUUUCAAAAGCAGCAACCGUUACCUGACGAUGACCGCGCACCCCAAAACCGAUCCCGACACGGGCGAAUCCUUCGCCUUCCGCUACUUCGUCAUCCCUCCUUUCCUCACCUACUUCAGAAUCGACUCCAACGGAAAAAAGCAGCGAGACGUCCCCAUUUUCUCCCUCAAAAGCCCGUCCUACAUCCACGACUUCGCCGUGACGAAGAGCCACGCCAUAUUCCCCGAUCCGCAGAUCGUGAUAGAGCCUCUCCAGAUCCUGAGGGGGAAGCCGGUGCUGAGAAUCAACGGCGACAAGGUGCCGAAGCUGGGCGUGAUCCGGCGCGACGCGGAGGAUGAGAGGGAGAUGUACUGGAUCGAUGAGCCCGGGAUGAACCUGCUGCACGUGGUCAACGCUUGGGACGAAGACGACGGCGACACCAUCGUCGUCGUCGCGUCGAAUAUCCAACCGGUUGAGCAUGCGUUGGAGAAGUUAGAUUUGGUGCAUUUGUCGUUGGAGAAGAUCGUGAUCGAUGCCAAGACGAAGAAGAUCACCAUGAGGUCUCCUCUUUCGGCCUUGAGUCUCGACUUUGGAGUCAUCAAUCCUCGUUAUGCACAAAAGAAGAACAGGUAUGUAUAUGUGGCGGUGAUGGAGAAGAUGCCGAGGAUGGUGGGAUUGGUGAAGAUGGAUUUGUCGUUGCCUACGGGGGAAUGCACGGUGGGAUGCCGGAUGUAUGGUGCGGGGUGCUACGGAAGCGAGCCAAUAUUCGUGGCGAGGGAGGGAGCGGAGGAGGAGGAUGAUGGGUAUUUGGUGACAUAUGUGAGUAAUGAGAAGACACAAGAAACGCAUUUUGUGGUGAUGGAUGCGAAAUCGCCAAAUCUAGAGAUUGUUGCUGCUGUUAAGCUGCCUCGGAGAGUGCCUCAAGGAUUCCAUUCUAUCUUUGUUAAGGAAACUGACCUACAAACACUCUGAUUCUAGAGUUGAAAUUCGGUGUUUCAAAUAUAUUGUCAUAUAAGUGUUCAGUCAAUCACAAUAUGUUCGAAUUGUUAAAUUUUUAUUUGUAAUUAUGUCACUUCUCACUUGUACAUGUCUAGGUAUAAUAUACUCCAUUGGCUGUGAAUAAAUGUCAUAUAUAUAUUUACAAAUGUAAAGGAUUAUGAAAAAAGUUUGUUGUCCUAUUCA